AGCACAGCAGCCUAAGCCCUUACCUGCCACCACACUGCACCUCUUUUACUUUCUUAAUCUCUCUAAGCUUGUUGCCGCAGUCGCGUCCGCCGAUUGAGGCUGUCCUAGGCGUGACCGAAGCUGCGGCUUCCCCCGAACCUCCACCAUGUCGACUCCAUCCAUGUUGACCAAGUUCGAGUCCAAGUCCUCGAGGGCGAAGGGCAUCGCAUUCCACCCUAAGAGACCAUGGAUCCUCGUUUCACUACACUCGUCCACUAUCCAAUUGUGGGAUUACCGCAUGGGCACUCUGAUAGACCGGUUUGAAGAACACGAUGGGCCAGUUCGCGGCAUAGACUUCCAUAAGACCCAGCCAUUAUUCGUAUCUGGUGGAGAUGACUAUAAGAUUAAAGUAUGGUCAUAUCAGACGCGGCGCUGUCUGUUUACCUUGAACGGACAUCUAGACUAUGUCCGCACCGUCUUUUUCCACCAUGAGCUGCCCUGGAUAUUGAGUAGUUCAGACGACCAGACUAUCCGUAUAUGGAAUUGGCAGAAUCGAUCACUCAUUUGCACCAUGACCGGCCAUAACCACUAUACCAUGUGCGCACAGUUUCACCCCAAGGAGGACCUCAUUGUUUCUGCCUCGCUCGAUCAGUCGGUCCGCGUUUGGGAUAUUUCCGGGUUGAGAAAGAAGCAUUCUGCGCCCACAGCCAUGUCAUUUGAAGAUCAAAUGGCACGGACAAAUGCCAAUCAAGCAGACAUGUUUGGAAACACCGACGCUGUCGUCAAAUUCGUGCUCGAGGGUCAUGAUCGAGGCGUCAAUUGGGUCGCGUUCCACCCAACACUUCCCCUGAUUGUUUCCGCUGGAGAUGAUCGCUUGGUGAAACUUUGGAGGAUGUCAGAAACUAAGGCUUGGGAAGUGGAUACGUGUCGAGGCCAUUUCCAAAACGCUUCUGCCUGUCUUUUCCACCCGCACCAGGACCUCAUAUUAUCAGUAGGCGAAGACAAAACGAUCCGGGUCUGGGACCUCAAUCGGCGAACAUCAGUCCAAUCCUUUAAGCGAGAAAACGACCGGUUCUGGGUGAUUGCUGCUCACCCUGAAAUCAACCUCUUCGCUGCUGGGCACGAUAACGGUGUAAUGGUUUUUAAACUCGAACGCGAACGCCCAGCAUCUGCUGUGUACCAAAACCAGCUCUUCUACAUCACAAAGGAAAAGCAUGUCCGCUCCUAUGAUUUCCAGAAAAACAUUGAAUCGCCCUCUAUGUUAUCUUUGAAGAAGCUUGGGAGUGCUUGGGUGCCCCCAAGGACUUUGUCGUACAACCCAGCGGAGCGAUCUAUUUUGGUUACUUCACCCGCUGAUGGGGGUACAUACGAGCUGAUCAGCCUUCCUCGAGAUGCAUCAGGAGCCGUAGAGCCUACAGACACCAAACGGGGGUCUGGGAACUCUGCCGUUUUUGUCGCUCGAAACCGUUUUGCCGUCUUCAGUCAGUCAAACCAACAGAUUGAUAUCAAAGAUCUCUCAAAUUCCACAACAAAGACAAUAAAACCUCCACAUGGCACCACAGAUAUAUACUUCGGUGGAACUGGCAAUUUACUCUUGAUCACUCCUACCUCUGUAGUCUUGUACGACAUUCAGGGCAAGAAGAAUCUCGCAGAGCUGUCGGUCAAUGGGGUUAAGUACGUUGUAUGGUCAUCAGAUGGGCUUCAUGUUGCUCUACUAAGCAAGCACAACGUUACAAUCGCGACCAAGAACCUUGAGCAAGUCAGCACAUUGCACGAGACAAUUCGUAUCAAGAGCGCGACCUGGGACGACACUGGUGUCCUUCUCUAUUCCACAUUGAAUCACGUCAAAUACAGUCUUAUGAAUGGUGACAAUGGCAUUGUACGAACUCUCGAGCAUACGGUAUAUCUUGUCAGGGUCAAGGGUCGAAAUGUGUACUGCCUAGACCGAGCCGCGAAACCCAAGGUCCUCCAAGUUGACCCCACAGAGUACCGGUUCAAACUUGCCCUUAUCAAACGAAACUACGAUGAGAUGCUCAACAUCAUCAAGACGUCAAGUCUUGUUGGCCAAAGCAUCAUUUCUUACCUCCAAAAGAAAGGCUAUCCGGAGAUUGCGCUUCAAUUUGUUCAGGAUCCUCAAACUCGUUUCGAGCUUGCCAUUGAGUGUGGGAACCUCGAUGUUGCUGUCGAAAUGGCAAAGCAACUCGAUCGCCCCAAGCUCUGGCAACGACUGAGUACCGAAGCUCUUGCACAUGGAAAUCACCAGGUGGUCGAGAUGACGUACCAGAAGCUUCGCAACUUCGACAAGCUUUCCUUCCUGUAUCUCUCCACCGGUGACCAGGAGAAGCUCAAGCGCAUGGCCAAAAUUGCCGAGCAUCGUGGUGAUAUGACAGCUCGUUUCCAGAAUGCACUCUAUAUGGGCGAUGUGCAAAACCGGAUCGAGAUGUUCCAAGAAAUCGACCUUUACCCGCUAGCAUAUGCCACGGCAAAGGCGCAAGGCCUCGAGGAGCAAGCUCAGACAAUAUUGGAGGCUAGUGGCCUUACCGAGGAACAGAUCAGCAUGCCAUCAGUUGGUAAGUCGCUCGCACCACCCAGACCCAUUGUACCCACUUUCAAAUCGAACUGGCCUACACGUGCCGCCUCCUCAACGGUGUUUGAGAAGGCACUGAUGGGAGAGGUGGAAGGGGUUGGUACUGAAGAGCCAGCCGCCAAUGGCUAUGGAGACGAAGACCUCUUGGGAGACGCCGAGGCUCCUAGCGCUGUAGCAGGAGGACUCGGUGGCGAGGAGGAUGAAGACGUAGGUGGUUGGGACAUGGGUGACGACGGGGACGUUGAAGUCGAGGAUGACUUUGUUAACGUAGAGGGGGCCGAUGCCGGUGCAGGAAGCAGUGAAGCAGAUCUGUGGGCUCGAAACUCGCCUCUGGCGGCAGAUCAUAUCGCUGCUGGCUCAUUUGAAACCGCGAUGCAGCUCCUUAACCGGCAAGUCGGCGCCGUGAACUUUGUCCCGCUGCAGGAACGCUUUCAGGAGAUUUACCAAGCUACGCAGACCUUCCUGCCCGCAACCCCCAACAUGCCGUCUCUUGUCAACUAUGUGCGGAGAACGGUGAACGAAACAGACUCGCGAAAGAUUCUACCAAUAAUACCUCGAGACCUCGAAUCAAUCUUGGCGGGCGAAUUGCUGGCCGGCAAGUCUGCAAUGGUAAAGAACAAAUUGGAGGAUGGCGUUGCCAUUUUCAAAAAGCUGUUCCAACUCCUCAUUGUCAAUGUUGUCUCUUCACAGGCCGAACUUUCAGAGGCAAAGAAGGCAAUCAACACAGCAGCCCAAUAUACACUAGCCAUGUCGAUUGAGCUCUCUCGUCGUGCCUUGGUCCAAAAUGCUACCGACAUUUCUAGCCUGCCGGCUGAUACCAAGAAGCGUGCUCUCGAACUCUCGGCGUACUUCACUAUUCCAGAGCUCGAAGGCCCGCACAAGUCUCUCCCACUCUCUGCUGCUAUGAAUUUCGCCAAUAAGAACAAGCAAUUCAAUACCGCGUUAAACUUUGCGAACGCCUUGAUUGAUAGGACUGGCAGCGCGAAACUCAAAGAGCAAGCUAAGAGGGUGAAAACAACAGCGGAGAGAAACCCAUCAGAUGGCAUCGAAAUCGACUUCGAUCAAUUCGCGGACUUCGAGAUUUGCGCUGCGUCGUAUACUCCGAUCUAUGGAGGUACUCCAUCCGUUGCUUGUCCAUAUGACGGAUCAAAAUAUCACAGCAAGUACAAGGGCACUGUGUGCAAAAUCUGCGAGAUCUGUCAAAUUGGGGCGCCGGCGAGCGGGUUGAGGCUUGUUGGGUGAGGAGGUCGACUAUGAGCUGUGGACUGGCACUUGGCAGGCAGACAUGAGAUAGUUGGAACUAUGGAACUAUGUACAUUGUUAUCGUAUUAGCAAGGUAUAAUAGUUAGUGAGAAGUAUAGACGGAUGGUUGCUGCUUUGAGACAAAGCGCAGGGCAUGCCGGUGUGAUGGGGCUGGGGAAAUGGGAGUUUUUGCUAUCACAAAAUGAGAAAUGAG